GUUUUACGUAGCGGAGGCAAAACAAGGGGACUGUUUUUAUGAAAGCCUCUUAAAGGAAUUAGCCGCACCGCAGUGAUGUCCUGGUUGGGUUACACGGGAUAGUUCUUCCGUUAAGUUGGUUAACCGAGUGUUAACUCAACUCAAGUGUUAUUAGGAAGCUUAGAUACGUUACGAAGAGGAGGGAGAAGUAUUACGACACCAACCUGAGCUUCCUGAACUGAAGUCGAGCUAGGUAACCUAAUACCUACAGCCGCAGAGGACGACAAGGGUAAAAACGGAGUUAGGGAAUAGAUUAGCAGACAGCUAGUUAGUAAAACAAGUCGGAUUAACUUUUUAAACGGACUUCCGCGAUGUCUCUGGCUGACCAAAGCCAGCAGUGGUUCCCAACGAGUGUCCAGGUAACGGUACAUCAGGCUCGGAACCUGCGCGCCAAGGGCAAGAAUGGCACCAACGACGCCUAUGCCAUCAUCCAGGUGGCCAAAGACAAGUUUUCUACCUCUGUGUCCGAGAAAUGUGUCGAUCCGGUGUGGAAAGAAGAGGCUUCUUUCGAUCUUCCGCUCUUCCACCCGGGAAACGCCGACCGCUGUACGCUGCAUAUCAUAGUAAUGCACCGAGCUCAGGUGGGGCUCGACAAGUUCUUGGGUCAAGCUGUGGUGAACUUACUGAAUCUCCAUGACAACAAGGCUCGCAAAAAGACAGAUUGGUUCAAGCUGGUGGACAAGAGUGGAAAAGAGGACAAGGCGCGAGGGGAGGUGCUGCUAGAUAUCCAAUUUAUGAGAAACAACAUGUCAGCCAGCAUGUUCGACCUUUCUAUGCAGGACAAACCGCGCUCCCGCAUCUCCAAGCUGAAGGACAAAGUUCGUGGGAAGAAAAAGGAUGGCUUCUCAGACUCUGCUUCAGCCAUUGUUCCCUCUGUCAGCAAGGUCCUCACAGACAGCGAGGGAGAGGCUGACGCACAGUCACUCAAUCAGUCUCCAGGGGUGAAAAAGAAAUCAAAGCUUAAAACCCUUUUUGCUCCCAAAUCAAACUUGCACCGUAACGUCUCACAGUCCAUGUCUACACUUGGAACUCUUCCAGAGAAGAAUUCAUCUCUCGGUGGCAGCCGCUCAUCCGGCCUCAAUGUAGACUCUCCUGAAGCUAAAAAGAAAUUCAAGUUCCUGGGACACAAGCGAACAGGCAGCUCUGACAGCAAGGUGUCUCUGGGUCCUUUCUCCCUACUGGGUCGCUCCAAGCAGAGCAACAAUGACCCGAACAGCCUGUGCAUCAAUGGCAGCCAUGUUUACGCAGAGGAGACAGAGCCAAAGAGUGGAUCCACUCUUAGUCUGAACAGCUCAGGCCAAGGAUCUGUGGAGGAUGUCCGUAAACACACCUCAGAUGUCUCUGCAGAUUCCUUUAUAUCUGUCCCCUCCCACAAGCAUGAGUCUACCGAGAGGGCAAUACUAGAGCAACAACGCCAUCAAGAGGAGGAGGAGAGAAGGCAGGUAGAAGAGAUGCGCAUAGCAGAGGCAAAGAGGCUGGAGGAAGAGGAGAAAUACAUGGUAGAAAUCAAGAGACUGCGGGAGGAAGAGGAGCACAGACAACAAGAGGAACAGGAGAGGAAGAGGCGCUUUCUUGAGGAUGAAGCAAGGAGGAAGAAACAGAUGGAGGAGGAAGAAGACAGGAGAAAGCAAGAGGAAGCAGCAGCAGAAAACCAGAGGCUCGAGGAGGAGCGCCGAAAAGCUGAGGAGCAGAAACGACAGGAGGAGGCCUCCAUGAGCGACAGGCUGUCGUCCCUGUUUGGAAUGAUCAGAAAGAAGGAGGAGAAAAAGGAGGAGGUACAGCCACAACCUAAAGAGGAGCUACCCACAGCAGCCCCUCGCAGCAUCUCACAAGAUCCAGAACAACCAAUCUCCCACCGCUCCACCAACCCAUUUGAGGACAUUCCCCUCAGCACAGAUCCUCCAGUUAUCAGUGAUGAAAGUCCAGCUGAUCAGAUGUCAAACCGCAAUCCACAAACCCCCUCCGCCAUGGUCUUCCUCAACCGCACUGCUAAAGUGUCUGCAGUCAAACCCAGAUUAACUGAAUCUCUGGAGUCUGAACCUGCUGACUGCCAACCCCCCAGUCAGCCGUGUCCUUUCCCGUCACCCUCUGAGUCCACCUUCUCUAGUGUCCCUGCUGAGUCCCCUGAUACUUUCUCCACUCUCCACUCAUCCUUGGCUCCACCGAACAUAACUCCAAGCCCGUCUGGUUCUCCUCGUGGCAGCGUAGAGGAUUUGUCCUCUGUGGGAUCUUCACCCACCAUGUAUACGGAUAAGAAGAGAAGAGCCCCCGUGCCACCCGCAAAUCUAGGACAGACUGGAGGGAGAGAGAUCACAAACCCUGCCUAUGUAGAGGCAGAUGCAUCACAGCAAGGCAGAAAACCCUCUGUGCCACUUCCUGAUUAUGAAACCCUAUUUCCCCAGAAGAGACAUGGAGUGCAAGGGCAGACGCGAUGGGACCAUAUAAUCGCUGAGGUCAAUCAGAAACACAGGGACAGUUCAGAGAUGAGUGUGGAUGGCCCUGAGGAUCAUGAAGUCAUUGUUAGGUCUUCACUCCCACAAGAGAGUCCUGCUGUGAGGCAUUAUGAAACACAACCUCAAGAGACCAAACCUCUAUCAUCAAAAAGAGCAGCAGCCCCAGCUCCUCCUAAAUCAGUCCCAGAACCUGUAAACACAAGCAGAGAAAGUCUAUCAGUGACAUACAGGGAUGGAGCAAGGAAGGCAUUGCAACCACCAUCUGCAGCAACACAUUCACCCAGACCUACUAGCCAAAUGGACUGGGAUUCUCAAGUGCAAGUGAAUAAUGAGGCACCCACAGCCAAACCCAGACAGAGAGCUAAUGGCAGAGAACCAGUACAACAAGAAGAUUCUGCUCAGUUCGACCCAUUCCCCAGUACUGAGCUUCUUUCCAAAGACCCAUGGGCCCAGCAGAAGCAGAACCAAGAAAAUUAUGACCGCUUCACCGGCAGUGUACAGAAAGAGCAGAAAUUUGAAGACAAGGGAAUGACACUGAACGAUCUUGAUAAGAUUUUUACUCAAGAUAAACAGAUGGAUCCAUUUGCCGAUUUUAACAGCAGUGACUCAAACAAACGCAACGAGUUGAGCAUAAAAGACGAAGUUUCAAAGCAAAUGAGUUCUGCUUUCCAGAGAAAGAAUUCACAGAAACGAAAACAGAUUCCUCAGCUCACAACUAACUCGGAUGAUAAGACUUCCAAGUCCCGACAAGAAGAAACAACUGUAACCGCUGCCUAUCAAGGCCUCUCCGCAAGAACUGUCAGGAGUGGGUCUGUCUCACCGAAGCUUCCAGCUGAUGUGAAAACACAAAGUAAAUUAUAUGGAGGAAAGGAUCAAUUUGGAGCUGAACCUUUGAACUCAACCGUGACUUCAUCAGAACCCCUCAAUGUAGUUCUGGAGGAUCCAACACCUCAGGCAGGGGGGAAGUCAAGUUUGCGAGCUUGGGUCGCACCCUCUGAUGUUCAGACUGUCAAUGCUCAGAAUAGCAAUGGAGGUGGGCUAGCCUUUACUCCACGCAGGCCUCAUCCUGUGAAGCCCAUGCAUCCCAACGGCAACCCUGCUGUGAAAGAGAUAAAGGUCCGUGACAGCACCCCGGGGAAGAUUCAGGUUGCAGACUCGCUGGGAAGUGGCCCUUAUACUCAGCUGACGCAGGAAGAGUUGAUCACAAUGGUGGUGAGGCAGCAAGCUGACCUGUCCAGGAAGGACAAUAAGAUCGUUGAGCUCGAGGAGUACAUCGACAACCUUCUUGUCCGCGUCAUAGAGGAGCAACCCAGCAUCCUGCAGUCUCUUAACGCCAAGCCAGUGUAAGGUUACGGCUGCUGGAACAAAGAGAGUCCCACUUAAGGACGUGGUCAUGUUUGUUAUGUGUCCUUGUACUGUUCUAUGUGCGCACGAUGAAGGUCUUAGAGCAUAAAUGCACUUUCUUAGUUUCAGAGUCAGCGUCCAAGAAUGCUGGAAAAUAGUCUCUGAAGUAAUAACAUUUGGUGAACACUUAAAAACAAGCAAAUAGAACAUCUUUAUAAAAACAAAUGAAUGUUUUGACACUAAGGUACUGGAAUUAGCUUUAAAGACAUGAAAAUCUAUUCAACACUUUGAUUUACAUACCAUACUUGAUGACUUGGGUUGAGCUUUAUUUAAUAUACUAAUGAUGAAAUGAAAGUUAUAAUUUUUUAAAUACUAUCUUGCCUUUUUUACUAUUUACACUGGGCUUUGUGUAAGUUAUUACCGUACGAUGAAUGAUCAUAUUCAUAAACAAAAAACAUCCAUGCACCAUCUUAGUGAUGAAAGAUAUUCCCUCAUAUUAAUAAUAAUCUAAUGAGCUGAUUUAAGCGUAAGAUUAAUAAUGAUAAUAAUAUAGCAAGGGAAAAUUGACUUUUCCCUCCACCGCUUAAGUCUUAUUUUUUUAUUUUCUUGUUUAAUCCUUUGGGCUUGCAUGUAUUUUUGUUUUUUAAAUCUAACCAACUAAUUAAUAACAUUCCUCCCUCGUUGAACUCACCACAGUUGAAUGUCAGCUGGUCGUCCAGUCCUUAAAAACAUAUUGUGCCUAUUUUUUGCUUCAAAGAGGUGUCAUUAAGAACACCAGCAAUAAAAAAAGAAAGCAGCUGCUAUGUACUGUACAUAGUUUGAAUUACACAGCAGUUUUUUUUCUUUCAAGUGGUUGUUAUGUAGCCUGUGCACAUAGUUUGAAAUAUUAUGCAAGUGCAGAAUCAAACUCCUCUAAUAAUAAUAUGUUGAGAUUUUGAUCACUGUCAUGUUUGUGUUGUAUUUGUAAAAUUAAAACCAAGAGAUAAUCAAAAACAAAUCAUAAGAGGAUCUGUAAUAGACUCACUAUCAACAGUAACCAACCAGCCUUGUCUUUGUAUAUGAACUACACUAAUGAAUGAAUAAAUGAACAUCAAUGCCUUUAUUACAAUAACAUUGAUUUAUGUCUUGGCAGCAAAUAUAGCAAUAUAAAUCUUCAGAAUGUACAGACCUGUGCCUUGAAAACCUUUUUUUUUCACAUGACUUGCAUGUCUGAUUUUGCUGGAUGGACAUUUGUGGGCUGCCUCUCUUCUUUUUCUGGAG